AUGGCUCAUAGCAGUGAGCCUGGUACCCCAUACUCCCUCAGAGCUCAAGAGGUUCUCAUUGACCCAGGUGCCCUCACAGCCAACGGCAUUAGUGCAGACACCAGUGCCGAGAUCGGACGAGCAAAGAACUGCCUGAGUCCCGAGGACAUUAUUGAGAAAUACAAAGAGGCCAUCUCCUACUAUGGAAAGUACAAGAACGCCGGCGUGAUCGAGCUGGAGGCCUGCGUGAAAGCGGUCCGGGUGCUGGCUAUUCAGAAGAGGGCCAGGGAGGCCUCCGAGUUCCUGCAGAACGCUGUUUACAUCAACCUGGGACAGCUAUCGGAGGAGGAGAAGAUCCAACGCUACAGCAUUCUGUCCGAGCUCUACGAACUGAUCGGCUUCCAUCGCAAGUCGGCUUUUUUCAAGCGUGUCGCGGCCAUGCAGUGUGUGGCUCCCACCAUCCCAGAGCCUGGCUGGAGGGCCUGCUACAAGCUGCUGCUGGAGACGUUACCUGGAUACAGCCUGUCACUCGACCCCAAGGACUUCAGCAAAGGUACCCACAGAGGCUGGGCUGCUGUACAGAUGCGCCUCCUGCACGAACUGGUGUACGCCUCCCGUCGCAUGGGCAACCCAGGCCUGUCUGUACGCCACCUGUCCUUCCUGCUGCAGACCAUGCUGGAUUUCCUGUCUGAUCAAGAAAAGAAAGAAGUGACCCAGAGUCUGGAGAACUACACCUCCAAGUGUCCGGGUGGAAUGGAGGUCAUCACCCUCCCCGAUGGCCUGAAGCUGCCUCCGGUGCCCUUUACAAAGCUCCCUAUUGUGCGGUCUGUGAAGCUCCUCAAUCUGCCUGUCAGUCUGCGGCCCCACAAAGUGAAAGGCCUGCUGGGACAGAACAUGUCCACCGCCAGCCCCUUCAUCUACUCGCCUAUCAUCAUGCACAACAGAGGAGAGGAGCGCUGUAAGAAAAUAGAAUUCCAGUGGGUUCAAGGAGAUGUUUGUGAAGUGCAGCUGAUGGUCUACAACCCCAUGCCUUAUGAACUUCGCGUGGAGAACAUGGGUUUGCUGACCUCUGGAGUGGAGUUUGAAUCUCUGCCUGCUGCGCUGUCCCUGCCUGCCGAGUCUGGCCUCUACCCCGUUACCCUGGUCGGUGUCCCACGUACAGCUGGAAACAUCACUGUCAACGGUUACCACACGUCGGUGUUUGGUGUGACCAGUGAUUGCCUGCUGGAGGGCCUGACGGGUGUGAAGACCAGUGGCUGUUUGGUGGAGGUCAUUCCCUCUCUUCCUCGCCUCCAGCUCAGCACAUCACUGCCACGGUCAGCUCACACGGCUCAGCCCAUGACCAAAGAGGAGCUGUCCAGCACUGUGUCCGUCCAGCUUUUCAACGGAGAGACGCAGAAGCUGACCAUCACCUUGGAAAACAUUGGAUCUGAGGACAUCGAGAGUUUGGAGCUCACCUCCAAGAUUGUCAGUACCAAAGAGAAAGUGUUUGGAGAAUUUGUGAGCUGGGAGCUGGAGGACGCUCUGUCACACCUGCCUCUAAAGCCUGGCCAGGCUGUGACACUGACCGUCUGCAUCAAAGUCAAGCUGGACUUCUCUGGUCAGGAAAACCUGCUGCAGGACCUCAAUGAUGAUGGAAUCAGCGUGACAGGCCUACCCAUCUCCAGUCCGCUCCGCCAAGUCCUCAAACCCAGGCCCGAGAACAAGCCCGUCAGCAGUGAGUCCGGCAAGGCAGAGUACAGCCAUGUUAAGACUUUGGAAGCGGUGCUGAACUUCAAGUACUCUGGAGGAGCAGGAAAAGUGGAGGGCUACUACAGGGAGCUGUCUCUUGGCGUCCAUGUUGAUGUGGAGCCUUCUGUGUUUUUCACCAGAGUCAGCACUCUCCCUGCUACCAGCACCCGCCAGUGUCAUCUACUGCUCGACAUCUUCAACCCAACCGAGCACGAGCUCACCGUCAGCGCCAAGAACAACCAGGACCUGGUUCUCCACGCCAGCGAGUGCCAGAGGAUGGCCAUCCAGGUUGACAAGUUUGACUUUGAGAGUCUGCCACAGCCAGACCAGGAGACUGUUCGCUUCAGUAACCCCAAACAGCUGGAGGAGGAGCGACAGCAUGCCCAGGGCUGCCAGAUCAACAGCAAGCUGGGCAUCUGUUGGAGCAUCCCAUCCUUGCGUCGCCGUGGAGAGGCCAGUGUGGAGGGAGUCCUCAACCAGCUGGUCCUGGAGCACCUUCAGCUCGCUCCUCUGCAGUGGGAUGUGCUGGUGAAUGGGAAGCCAUGUGACUGCGACGUCAUCGCCGACUGUAAAGUGGGCGACGCCGUAACCCUGGAGGUGAAACUCACCAAUCUGAGCAAGAACUCGGUGGGCCCUCUGGCUCUGACCGUGGUGCCCUAUCAGGACUACCAGAACGGAGUGCAGAACUACGACCUGGAGGACGGGGUCACCUUCAUCGGCUCCAACACCUUCUACAUCGACACGGUUAAACCCAAAGAGAGUUCUGUGUGCGAGGGCGCUCUGCUCUUCCUCUACACCGGAGACUUCUUCCUUAACAUUAAGUUCCAAGACGACAGCGCCGGACGGGAGCUUCCUUUAGCCUGGUUCACUCUGCCCAGUGUCCACAUGAGAGCCCUCGACGCCCCGCUGCAGGCCGGGGCCUAGGGCCUCCAGAACCUCAUGAAUAAAGGAUGGAGCAUCUUGUUGUUGUUGAUGUGUGUAAAUACAACAGCCUUAUGAUUUGAAUGACAUGUAAAUAUCGUUUUGUUAAAGGUUACUGCAUUUGUAGAGCUGACACACUGGCUGUUUGGGACUAAUAAAAGCAGACCCAACAAACUGUGCUGCAAAUCUACACAAGUAGUGUGAGGCAGAAGGUCCUGUCUGAGCAUAACUUAACAUUCACAACAAUAAAAUCAGUUCGUUUUCCAGGAAUCAGUCAGUGCACUCACUCACAGAGGCUCAUGAAGUAAAUUGCUCAGAGCUGUCUGGUUAAGUUGAACCCUGACACAAGAGUUUGAACCACUGACCAAUAGCAACGCACGCUGAUGAUGCCGAUCGUUGAGGGCAUGCAGCUGGAGAGUUCACAGAAUGGAGCAAGUAUCUUAUUAUCUGUGCAUCCGGUUUCAUGUGGCCCUGAUCAGAUCAGAGUGUGAACUGCUCCGUAGGUUGUAAGUUUGUACGUCAGGUGUGGAUCAGGUCAAUGUGCAGCCUUGAAUUCACCAAGUUUACUUGUUGUUCAGGGGCAGCACAGAUGGUUAGCUUGUUGACCGAUGGUUUGCUAAACGGCAGCCAGCUGGACAGCUGCUUUAGCGCAGUGCUACAAUCUAGUCAAGGUAGACACAAGUAAAGGUGUUAGCAGCACAGCUCCACAGCCAGCCUGCAUGUCCCAGUAGCACCUACUUCACAAGAAAUGCCCGUUCAUUCUGACUUUCAAUCAGACAUUUGAUGUUUAACAGUGUGUUUACAGGACCGUACCUGGAUGCAGCCAGUCGGGCACACAUAAAAACCAAACGACCUCCACUGCUGUAUGGACUUUUUUUGUGCCAUCACACUGAAUUAUUGAUGAUUUUUUUGCUGUCUUAGAUUAGCCACAUUAUGUGUGACACAAUAUUGCUGUAAAUAAAUGUUAGAAGAAGGCAA